AUGGUCUCAAGCACCAACCCUUAUAGCGGAGGCCAGAUCCCCCAGAGAAUAUUUGUGUCCCGGCCUGGAUUGUUUCAGGCUCGCACAACAAGAGCCGGACGUGCUGCCCUGGCGGCUCUGGCCCCUGCACCCGCAGGGAGCACCUGCCAGCAGCUCCUUGGCAGCCGUGCCCUGUGCCAGCUGUACCAGUGCUGACGCUGUCCUCAGGCCCUGGGAAUGCACCCGGCAGCUUCCAAAAGUCCCCAGUGCCCUUGCCUUGCCUUCUGAGCUCUGGGGACGCAGCUGAGGAGCUUCUGCUUUGUCUGUACAGGACACAUGUCGACAACCACGACGAUAAUAGAUGGUAAGAACGGCUCCGUUCCCUCGUCAUCCAUGAGAGUGAGCAAGAAGUCAGUGACAGAGGACUUUGUGAACACCUUCAGCUCUCCAGCAGCAUGGCUUCUUGUUGUUGCUCUGAUUGUCACCUGGUCAGCAGUGGCUAUUGUAAUGUUUGACUUGGUGGAUUACAAAGACUUAGCAGCAAGUAUAGCACAACAUUGCGAUGAUCCCUGUUUCCCACCUGGAAGAUCUGUUCACAAGCUCAGCACAGAACCACUGAGAAUCAUUCAUGAGACACUGGAAGAGUCUUCUGAUUGGAUUUAUGGCUUUUUUUCUUUAUUGUCUGACAUCGUAUGGAGUGAUGAUGAUGACAGUGAUGAAGGUGAAGUGGAACCUUCCCUGAAAAAAGAAAUUCAAAAGCAGAAAACUGAGAGACCUGAAAAACGAACACCAGCAAAGGCAACACAGAGAGACAAACCUGAAAAACAAGAAAAAACUGAGAGGAAGGAGCCCCCAAAGGUGACAAGUAAAGACAAACUGGAAAGACAAGAAAAACCUGAAAAAAAGGAAAGGCAUGCAGCUGUUCACAAAGAGAAACCUGUAAAGCCAGAAAAACAAGAAAAGAAAGCACCAUCUAAAGUAACUCAAAAAGAUGCACCUGAAAGACAUGAAAAAACUGAAAAGAAGCCUCCUCCCAAAGAGGAGAAGAAAGUAAAGAGCACUAAAGUGGAAGCAAAAGUCAAAAAGGAAGUGAAGGAUGGAAAAGGAGAAGCAAAGACGGCAGAGAAGGUCAAGCAGGCAGAGACAAAAACAACAGAAACUGGGCUAAUAAAGGCCAAAACGAAAGUUAAGGAGGAGAAAGCUCUUCAGACUGUAACUAAAUCGGACAAGAAAGAUCAAUAUGCAUUCUGUCGCUAUGUGAUUGACAUGUUUGCACAAGGGGAUUUUUAUCCAGCACAUAAGGAAUUUGCACCACCUCGUCUUCUUCUAGAACACAGUCCAAGAAAGAAACCAGCAGCUAUUGAAGAGAGAAAAGAGGAGAAGAAAAAGAGUGAUGAAAAGAAGACUAUGACUGAAACUAAGGUGAAAGAAAAAACCGGAAAAAAGGAGAAAGCUCAUGAGAAGACAUCUGUCCCUGAAAUUAAAAAAGCAGGGACUCACUGCCAUGAAAGGCACUAUAUAAGCUUAGAGGGAUUUUUUCUUACAGAUAAAAAAGAAGCUGCUGUAUCCAAAGAACUCAAAAAGCCAGCAAAAGCUCCUGCAGCCAACACAGCCAUCAAAAAAGCAGCAGCACCAGAACCACAUAAAAAAGAAAAAAUAAUGGACUCUGCAGCUGCAGAAACUCCAAAGUCAAAAGCAGGACUUGAGAAAAAAGAAGGAAAAGCAACUAAGGCAGCAGUGCAAGAUAAACCAAAGAUGAAACAAGGAAAUCCUGGAAAAGAUAAAGAAUUGAAAUCUCCAGCUGCCACGAGAAAUAAAGAACAUGCUAAAGUAAAGGAAGGGAAGAAUCCUACAUCUUUAAAAGAAAAAGUUCCCCUGAAGGUAAAAAAUCUCAAGAAUCCAGAGAGCAUAAGAGAAAAAGAGACUGGAAAAAGAAAAGAUGUGAAGCCUCCAACAGCCUUAAAGGAAAAAGACUCUUCAAAACGAAAAGAAAUUAAGGCUUCAAAUAAUCCUAAGGAAAAAGAGCAUGAACGUGUUAAACGUGAAAAAGCUGUUUCUCAGAGCAAGCCAGAGGAGAAAAUGAAACAACAAAAGACAACUCCUACUGAGAAGUCAGCCCAGGCAAAGCCAGCAAAGCAUGAAGCAAUCAGACAUGAAAAAGAUGUUCCCCUUACAAAACCAGAGCCAACAGCUGAAAUCCCAACAUCAGCCACAAAAAAACCAAAGACAAUUAAGGAAAAAGAAGAAAAAACAACUACGAAGAAACAGCUGAAAGAUGAAAAACCUAAAGUAAAAGAAGAUCCACGACAUCAAAACCUGACAUCAGCUCCUGUCCGCUACUUUCAAUGUGUCUUCCUAAAUGGACCUAAUGGAUUUGGGCUGCAAUUUCCUAUUAAUUCCCCUUCAAACAAGGAAGAAAAGACUCACUCAAAGACUUCCAAGAGAAAGACAAGGAAACCGGGGCAGUAGAGAGACUGAGUCCUGUGAUCACUGACAUUUUGCACUUUAUCUUUUCUGCUGAGGUCCACAGUAGCUACAGUGGUACUUGUCAUUGCAGGAACGCGAUCCACUUGCACGCAUGUACCUGGAACUGUUUCCAUGGGGCAGCGGCAGAACAAGCAGUAAUGAACGGUGUUUAACAAAGAUAGAAAUGUAAAAGUGCCCAGUUUCUCAUGGAAAGGCUGCAAUGCUAACAAAGCAUUGAUGUGACUGUGUGUGUGAGCAUGUGUGUGUGUUUUCAUGCCUCUUUUGCUCUUGUUUUUCUUUACCUACAUGCUCAGCAUUGAAGUGAGUCUGUUUUCCAUUUAAUCUUAUCUAAGGAGUGAAAGGUUGAACGUAGCUCUUAUAUCAGCAAGAUUGCAAGACUAGCUGCAAUCCUAAACCAUUUCUUCUUAAUGUUCAAUCAAAUUGCUGACAGGAAAAUGCCUCACUAAGUCAUGAAAAUGUGCUCUGUGACUGGUGCUAUUUUUAUGUCUCAUUGACCAGUGUAGCCUGAAGCUCACACUUACUCGGAGCAGCUCAAUACACUAUCAGUAAGUUGACUCCACAAGUCAUGUUAAUGAUGAAUAUUUCUAUUUAAUCUGAAACUUAAAUGGACUGUUUGACCUGCCUGUUGGCGAAAUACAAGCUCUUCUCUUUUAAGGCCCUAAGUGAGAAGAGAAAGUGAAACCACAAG